AUGGCCACAGAUGGACCCAAGCUGGGAUUCCUUGGAAACAUCAGCCAGGAACAGGAAAGCAAACUGCGGAAGCUGUGGAGCAUCCUUCUGAAAGCGGCCGAAGUGCCUUCCGGCGAUGAGUUUUCAAAUGGAAAUGUAGAGGAGCACGCUAGUCCCACCCAGCCUCAGCGGCGCUCAUCUCUACUCGGUCGCACCCAAAGUAACAUUUCCGACAAGACCGCCCCGAAAGCAACUUCUGCGUAUCAACAGAGGCUCAUGUCAUAUAUAAGAGAAUUGGGAAUCAAGGCUCAGGAGACGAAACAGGUCGAAAAAGCCUUGUCAGAGAUCACCCCCUAUGAAUUACGCAACGGCGUCCUAGACACCCUCAAGCAUGAUCAUCCAGAUGCUAUGCUCCUACGCUUUCUUCGGGCCCGUAAAUGGGAUGUUCCUAGAGCGUUUGCUAUGAUGAUGGAUGCCAUUGUCUGGAGGGUCAAGGAGAUGCACGUGGACGACGAGAUUAUGGCGAAGGGAGAGCUGCAUGCGUUGAAGCAGGAGCGAAGCUCGAACACGGCUGAGAAGAAGGUCGGGAAAGACUUCCUAGCUCAGAUGCGCAUGGGCAAGAGCUACGUGCAUGGUACAGACAAGAUGGGCCGGCCUAUCGUCGUCAUCCGAGUCCGUCUUCAUAAGCCCGGGGCCCAAAGCGAGGAAGCCUUGGAGAGAUACAUCGUUCACGUCAUUGAGUCCGUGAGGCUCACCUUAUCUCCGCCUGUCGAGACUGCCGCUGUUCUAUUCGACAUGACCGGGUUCUCUCUUUCCAACAUGCAGGAAUAUCCUCCCGUGAAAUUUAUCUUGAAGUGUUUUGAAGCAAACUACCCAGAGUCACUGGGUAUCAUGUUGAUUCACAAUGCCCCUUGGGUUUUCUCCGGCGUUUGGAGACUAAUCCGAGGAUGGAUGGAUCCCGACAUUGCAGCAAAGGUUCAAUUUACAAACUCCGCGGCUGACCUUGAAAAAUUCAUCGCUCGUGAUCAGCUUUUGGAAGAGGUGGGCGGUGCGGAGAAGUGGAAAUACGAGUACAUUGAGCCGGAAGAGAAUGAAAAUGCCAUCAUGGAAGACACCACUACUCGGGACGCACUCGUACGCGAGCGACAGCAGAUUGGCGAGGACUUUCUUGCAGCAACUUCAGAAUGGAAUGUCGCUGCAAAGUCGAAAGACAAAAGCAAAGUUCAGUCAGCUGAGAGUCAGAGGGCUUACCUCGCUGAAAGACUGCGGGUCAACCACUGGAGGUUAGACCCAUACGCGCGCGCACGUCUCUGCCUCGAUCGAAUGGGAGUCAUUCAGAAGGACGGUAAAAUUGAUUUUUACCCCCAUAAGACGGUUGUGGAAGAGAAACUUCGGGAGACGGGAAAAACGUCAGACACGCAGCACCUGGAAAGCGUUAGCGGCAAUGGACCGCAGGUGGUUGCUUCCUAA